CAAUGCACCCUACAGGAUGGCCAUUUUAGAGUCCUUCUUUUUCUCUUCCCAACAGAUUCAGAGCAAGACUGUGGCCCAGUGUGUGGAGUACUACUACACCUGGAAAAAAGAAUAUAAACUUGCCAAAAGUCUUGCUCAGACUGUGAGCGAACCAAAGAGGAGCAAAAGCCCUCCCAGAAAGGAGAAUGGGGAGACAGGGAAGAGAAGCCGCAAGAGGGCCCGCAACGCGGAGUGUCCCUGCUGCCAAGCGCCCCAGCCACCCCAUUUGGCGGGAGGCCCCUUUCCCUGCGGCCAGUGCAAACGGGUGUUUGAAACCGUCAAGGAAAGGGACGCACAUCGGAGAAGCCUUCGCCCACGGAAGGAAGCAGGGCCUCUCCCCAAGAAGAAAAGACCAAAUUAACCCUGCCGCUUGUCCGGGCCUCACAAGAAUUAUCUGCCAAAUAGCUCUAGAUAGAAAUCAGAUUGGUUUUUCAGUAGUUUAUUAGGAUUGUUUAUUCUUCAAUUUAGUUGACUAGAUAGACAUUUCUCAAUUUGUUACUUCAGAUUCAUUAGCUUUCUUAAAGGGUUAUUAGGAUUAUUAGAUUAUUAUUGUGAUUAGAUAAUUUGAUUAUUCGAUUCUUAGGUUAUUAGGUUAUGAUAUUUUUAUUGUUAGAUUAUUAGAUUAGAUUAUUACCUUGUUAGAUUAUUAUUGUUAGAUUAUUAUCCGUCAAUGGAAGGGGUUUGGUCCAUUAUUAGCUUAUUAGAUUAUUAUUGUUAGAUUAUUAUCGGUCAAUGUAAGAGGUUUAGCGUUGCUCGUUAAGCUCCAUCUUUCGUAAGUAUCUUGCUUUCAUUAAGACAAAAUCUGUCUUUCUCAUUAAAGCAAAGUUUGUUCCAUUUGG